UAUAAAUCAGAAGGAUUUCCAGGCUUCAGUAGUAUUUUGAUUUCGUUUGCGAACUCCGAUGAUACGGUUGUUAUAGUGUUGAUACGUGUAAUUUGUUCAGUUUUGCUGUUUUGAAUUGCACAAGAAGAAUGCCUUGUUUAAUCAAGCUUGUACUUAUCGUCGUUUUCUUAAUCCUUGUUGCCAUCUACGAAGCGGUAGCGAGGCCAGGAAUACUGGAAGAAUACUGGAACUCAGAAGACAAGUGUAAAACUGGAGUGGACGAGGUUAUAGAAACGUGCCAGAUAUGCGCUAAACAAACUAAAUCACCCAUCGUAUAUCCUAUGUGCUGUGUAAAUGAAGAAGAUGUCUACAAUUGGUGCUCAAGAUUCAUCAACUUUGGUCAACAUUUACAGCAAUGAACGAAAAAGAAGAAAAUAGUUACAUCUAUAUUCAAAAAGUUCGUGAUAAUUUUUGGAAUGCAUUCUGUAGGUACAUUGAAGCAUGAUUCUCACAUCCAAAUGAAAAACGAUUGGUGAACGAAGAAAAUCCUGACAUCGUGGAAAAAAAUUGCUUGAUUUUGUUGUGGACGGAAAUGUUUGAAGAUAUUAUGGAAUAAUACAUUCCUUUUGUGCAUAUAUUUAUUUAUUUAAUUUUAUAUAGUAAUUAUUCCUGAAUAGUAAAUAAUAUUUAUGUUGUAUCUAUAGUCAAAAGCAUGAUUGUUUCACAUUGAUAUGCUGAGAAAUGAAUUGAGCUGUAUCACUUUAGAGCGAAGUGAAACCCAUUGUAAUUGAUAUAAGAAAAUAUAAGCCUCUUAUUUUCUCCAGUAACUGAAUAAAUAUUGCUUUCUUGACUUUCAAUGGAUAUUCUGAAAUUUUUAUGUGUAUCAAUGCAAUUAGUUCAGUCUUAUUUAUAUUAUAUACAUUUAUAUACUA